AUGUGCAACUCAUUCCAGGAAGCCCAUGAAGCGGAAGAGCAACAGAGAGUCCCAACAGGAGGAUUCGAGCUGUUUGAAAAGAGUGACGAACACGUUACAGGGCUGCAGCAAGACCCAGACGCUGUAUCUCACAUAGACGAAGCAGAGUUGUCCUCAGUUUCUAAUGACGCCAGAGAAUUACAUGUUAUGUUACCAAACGAACUCCCAGGCUUCUUUCAGCCUGAUGAGGGGAGUAUCCCCGUUAUUGAAACGGUCCAGUCGCCCUUGACAGCUACGCCAGGUGUAAAUACAGCAGAAUCCUUCUCCACUACGUCUCCGCCAGGUAUCUACCGUCAGCUGCAGCGCUUUGAUCCCUCUCAGAUGGGCCCUGCUGCCCAGUAUGCCCAGUACCUGACAACGUUCUUGCCAGGACAGCAGCAGCAGCAGCAGCUUCAGCAGUUACAGCACCUGCAGCAGCUGCAGCAGUUGCUCUCUGGAGGCGGGCAGGGAGGUUCCAACCCUGCUGCCCUUAAGAAGCUGCAGCGGCGCGCUCAGGCAGCCGCAUAUGCAAAUUCAAUUACUUCCCAUCCAUUGCUGCAGGGGUUGCUGAGGACAGCUUUUACAACCGUGGCGGAGACCCUGCAGAGCGUGUCUCUUGCAGAUGUCGUACAAAGUGCUGUUCCCCUACCACCGCCCCCAGUUAGGUAG